UUAAGUGUGAUACAUUCGUUUUUUUCAGAAUUCGUGGAGACCUAUACAUAUACCUAUCAUCCCACCAAUGUGCCUAAGGAUCCCAUUUUCCUGACCACCCAGAGGAACCUGACGGUACGGGAAGGCGGGAGAGCUGAACUACCAUGUACCAUUCAACAUUUGGGAACUAAAAAGGUGGCGUGGCGCCGUGUGGACCAGGACGAGUUUCUGACCAUCGGGACAAUGGCCUGGUCUCCGGACGCCCAGAUGGUUGUGAAACACACCAAACACAGUGAAGAGCUGGAUGACUGGGUGCUCAUUUUGCCCAAGCGGUGUCACUAACGGGGGAGCAGUACGUGGAGCGUGGGGAACAAAUCAAGCUGACGUGUAAUGCCACAGGAGGCAAACAGAUCGCCGAUCAGAUAGAUUGGUUCAAGGACGGUAACAUCAUAGCGGGUCCUCAAUACAAAGACUACAUCAUCUUCACAUACCGCUUGCACGAGCACGGAGCCCUGGUGAGCACGUUACAAGUGGACAGGGCCACGACAGAGCAUGCUGGAACCUACGUCUGUAGGUCGUCCUACAACAAACUCAAGGACAUUGCUGUCCAGGUGCUCGUAGCUGAAAGAGACAACGUUAAACGGGGAACGGUGUCAUCAAACAACUCUUCGCCAUGCCCAGUUCAGAGGUCAACUAUUUGCAUCCUCUUCUGUCUGGUGGUCACUCAGUUAACACUGCAUGACUGACCAACAGACCACUUCAGCCCCAUCGUCCUCCGACAGACUCAUCAUUCAUCAGGUCAUCACAAAAACAUUGACCAUCGCAUUGACCUUACUCUCAAACCACGAAGCACCUUGUUAAUGUUGUACAAUAUUAUUAUAUACGUUUACUCCCAGUUUUCAGUUUAUCUGUUUUUUUGCCUUUCUUGAUUCUAAUGACUUUUUUGUGUAUAAUGAACACAGAUCGUGCAGCAGUUUCAAGCACUGUGCCCUCAUUCCCUUUUAAAGCAUAAUUAUUGGUAUGAUAACAUGUUGUAACAAUUACCUUAUCCUUAUUGUAUUUCUGUCGUGUCAAAGAUUCUACUCCGAGCCUAGUAAUGCUCGCAAGAUAUGAACCAGCAUAGACGAGUUACCUUUGUCAUAUUGAAAAAAGUUUAGGAUAUUAUUGUCCACUGUACCUCUGAUUUACAUGUGUGUGAAUGGUUAAUCUUUCUCGCACAGUACAUUAUGUUAAGUCUGCUGUAGGUGUCCGCUAGUUUGGGUGUUCAUUUUGUUUUUGUGAUGUUGUGUUUCUGUGUUUACCUUGGCUGUGUAUUCAGUAAUACUAUUUUUAAAAGGUUUCAAGGUCGACAUUAAAACCCUAGCUGAGAUGUAUCCUACCUGAUCCAAUAAUUAUUUAGUUAGUUUUUAUAUAUCUGAAAGAUGGGUCAUUUACUUUUGAGAGGUGGGGGUUUUCUUCAGUCAUAUUUCCUUAUUAUAACCCAUAAUUUAUAACGCUUCAAGGACGUAGUAGACGCAUGUGGAAAGUGGGACGAGUUGACUCCUAUUUGUUGCUACUUCAACUAAUUGCUAUAAAAUGGAACGUAAGAUUGAACCCCGCGUUAAGUUCAAAAUAUAUUUACUAGGACUUUCCUAUUGAUAAAAUAAAUGGGAGAAUUGAUCUCUUUAGUGUAACAGCUAAGCGCAUCGCAUUUGCACAUAGCAGACCCGAGAUUGACUCCCGUGUAGGGACGAUAUUUGAUCGUGAACCUCGGUAUUUCUGGUGGAAAGUUAAACCCCUCUCAGCCCGGGUUGGCCCCUAAACUGCGUUGAUGCGGGCAUUAAAAGAGUGACAGAAUAAAAUUGACUCACAUGCAAACAUGUACAUGGAUAGUGAUUAUUACAUAAUUGUCAAAAGAAAGGUUAUUAGUGCAGAAUGUCCAAAUUGAACUUGAAUUCGUAACUUUGUUCUUCUUUAUCAAUUUGGACAUUCUGUCACUUGCUAUCAGCAGUCAAAACAACAACAAACAAGAAACAUGAUGGGUUCCUCGUCUAAAUGUGCACGGCUUCCUUUGUUCUGUAUGUUUCAGAUUUUGUGUAAAAACAGAUCUGAUAUAAAGCGUCAAACACCAGAACCCCCACCUCAAACAAAAAUGCACGCCUUAUUUCUGGCUGAGGACAUCCGACUAAAAGGCAAGUUAGAGUAAGCUAUUGCAGCUGGCAGUCAUUUCAAAGAUGAAACAUACAGAGGUUGUUUUCUUUGACCCAAGAACAAUUUUGACGACGAGAAAUCUGUAAUGCUUACAGGGUCGUUGAAUCAUUUUUCAGGAUCUCAAAAUGCAAUAGCUCAUAUUUAGUUUUCACAAGCACUGUUAGAAGCGUCCAACCCUCAUGCAACUUUUCCAAGUCAAAUAUGGGGCAAUAACCUUUAUGAAGAUCUGUGUGCAAUAAUUAAUAACGAGACUUUAACAUUGAGAAGCGUCGUGGUUUAUUCAGUCUGGCAUUCAAGCUUGGCAAAGAGGUAUACAUUGUGCCCUCUCAAGAACGCUUCUCAAAGUCAGCACUUCGUACUACGAGCAGAAAUGUUUGUAUUUGACAAUGUAAAAAAGGUGCAGGGUAUGGGUGCUGUUGGGUGGAAGAACCGAAAAAAAAAUGUUCUCCUUAAUAAAAACGACAGGUUCACUCUGUACAUGUUUGCUUUCUACGUAAUGGCGACGAAACUUGAAGUCCCCCGACCAUGCCAUCAAACGUAUGGCAUUGUUUCAGUUGUUUCAUUUGUUGUAUUCGUUGUAGUUCGCGGUAGUGUCAUUUAUUGUUGUUAUUGUUCGUUGUAUAUAAAUAUGACGUCACACUUUUUAUGUACUGAUCCUCUUCUCGUCACUAAGCAGCCAAGUUGUUGAAAAUAUGGAAUGAUUUUAAGUAUAGUCUAACCUCACAUCGACUUGCAGCACUGUCGCAGGUCUUUUUUAAAACUCUGUAAGUGUUUACUAUUAAUAUUAUAAUUACUAUUAUUGGUACAUGAUUAUGCAUCUGUGAGAUUAAAUGAAAGAAUCUGUUUUGGGUACGUGUGCAUACGUUUUCGUGGUUUGUGCCAGCUUGUGCUUGUGUGAAAGUACAUUAAUUUCAAACGGAGGUAUGGAACCUAUCUGUUAUAUUUCUACUUCAAUUUGCUUUAACAAAAGUUUGAAAAAAUGACACACAGAAUGAAAGACUACGUCUUAGAAAAAAGUGAGACAUUUUAUCUCUUUUGAUAGAAUGAUUACGUGUGUUUUCCUGAAAGUUAGCGUGAACAAGUCAGACUGUGUAUUUAUGUGUAUAUGAUUAUGUAUGUUUACCUAGGUAUGUAUUGGAUAAGUGCAUUUGUAUAUACGGGUGUGUUUCUGUAUAUGUGUGUGAGUGUGUGUAGGUGUGUAUGUGUGUGAUUGUGUGUGUGUGUGUGUGUGUGUGAAUGUGUGUGUGUGUUGUUGUUUUUCUCUUUAUGUGUUUGCGCCUGGUAUAUCGGUCUAUACGGGAGAUGUGCAUGUAAUGAACAUUAUGUAUGUAUUCAUAUUAUGAUUAGGGUUUAAGAUUAUUGCCUUUUUGUGUUUUUGGCUUGCACCUGCUAUUUACCUUGGUUUUACUCAAUUCUGAAAUUUGGAAAAGUCUCAAAUAAAAUCAUAUUGCGCCGAACAGGGCCAUUUCUUGCUGCAUGGACAUCUUUAAGUUAAAAUCAGAUAAUACUUUACGUUUAGACUCUAUUUUUGUUUGUGGCUUAGAGUCAUUUUAUGGUCAAUAGAAAUAUUUGCUUCCUACUAACACUGCAAUACGUUUUUCACUUAUAUAUAGUAUGACUUGUAGCAGUAAAUACAAUAACUGCAAUAUUUAUAAUUUUGCACACUCUUAGUUUAACAACUAAUGGUUUGUUCAUGUCGUUUAUUUCAUUGUCAAAGGUGUUUCUGAAAAGUAAGAUACAACAAAGACUUGGUACGACCAAAACGUAUCAUUAUAAUCCAAAAUAACAGAGUGGGGAAAUGACUCUACUGUACCAGUCUCGCUCUAUACUGCUACCACGGAGACGAAAGGAAUAAUAUUGUUCUCGAAGGGCACGAGUUCAGAAACUCUGGUAUGAAUAGGCUGUCAAGGGAACAUCUCCACUCUCGCUGACCCCGGAACGAUAGUGUCAUCAGUUUGGAACCGUUUCCCGGAUGUAUACAGAUAUGUCGUUGACGAGACUAUAGUAAAUAUUAAGAUGAAAGAUUUUCAACAGAGCUAUUGAAUUAAAGUGUUAAAACGUUAUAUCGAGUAUACUGGCUAAAGUCUUUGGUCUGUUCUGGCUUCGAAUGUGGCUUGGAAAUCUAUGAUUCUGUUGCUUAGGUGUCUCAGAUCUUUCCAGCAAACAGUUCCCUCUCAUAAAAUGCCAGUUUAGCACCUAUUUAUCACGUUUGCACUCCCUGUUCUAAUGAAGGGGGUAUUUUAAUCCUUUCAAUGUUUUCUCCAGCUUCUUCAUGACUCUGGUUGAUUCAUAAAAGGCCCGUCUUGAAGAAUCAUUGUACUCGGCUCUUCAAGGAACCUCAGUACUCUUGUGUCCGCUGAUUGCUAAUUAAAAUACAACAAAAAAGUCAUUGUUCCGUUUAAGUGGGAGGGGGGGGGGUUCGUCGGUGGUGUACAGAGCUCGCAUUGUGAUUUGACCUCCAUGCCGCUCUCUGCUCUUUAAACGCAGCCGUCCUUGUGAGCUAUUCACAUAAUGCAUUCGCUCAGUAUUGAGACAGAUGCCACAGAAACAAGAUGUACUGCAUGUGCCCUUCUAAUUUUCGCCGACAGAUUUGACAAUAGUUUGCACUUUCAUCGUUGUUUGCCCUUUUGUACCUUACUUUUCGGAUACCCCCUGAACGUGCGCGUAAUUUCGGUAAUUGCGACAUCCCGACCCAAGGUCCAGGAUUCCAAAUAGUAAUUUUGCUUGUCACUCGUUAUUGCCUGUUUAGGAACUGGGUGUAUUUGUUUUUUUCUUGUCACGCAAUGUGGAGUUGUCUCUUAUCCAGUUGUAAAAACGACUUUUUAUAAUUUUUUACCCUAACAAUGUUAAAAUUAUAUCUUGCUGUCAACAAGAAUCCGUAUUUAACUAUACCGUCUUAUAAGUACUGCAAUUAAAUGAUUAUGAUCUUUUCAGGAAAAAAAUGGGGUUAUGCAUUAAACACGAAUAGCGUUUUUGUUUUGUUUUGUUUCUUUUUUGUGGUGUAUUUUUAAGUCGGAGCUCGAUGACAAAAAGAGUAAAACUUUUGAGAUACUGUUUGCUGUCCAGUCACAGCUCUGCCAGAAAAGUUUAAACGAAAAUUAAACUCGUCAUCUCCUGCUUGUAAAACCUAUAUAGUUCUAGCUGCAGUAUUUGUAGCUAUUUUUGUUGUUUUUUUAUUUGUCGCUUGAUUUUCCAAAACUUUUUUUUUAAGGCGUACUACCUCGACUUUUUAAAAACACAUCAAUGUUUUAUUGGUUCCUGAUAUUACGUGACUAGCGAUGUUCUUUUUUUACAGCAUUGCUAAACGAUGCGUUUAUGAAAUGUGCAUAAGCGAUACUUGUUUCUCGAUGUGUAUUCCCAUUUGUAAAUAGUAUAAUUUGUAUUACACUUGUUUUCUUUGAAUUUUUAUCUUCACUUGACGCAUGGGUUAGGUGUUUUCGCAAAUUGUUUCUGACUUUUGAAUGUCACUUGCUUGAGCAAGUUUUUAAGUAAGGCCCAAGUGUACAUGUUAGUUGUCAAGACAAAAAAUAUGAUAACUGAUCUAUUUGUUUUUGUCUACAAACUUUAUUUAUUCUUAUAAGCAUUCAAAAAUGGCCCUACCAAACAUGAAACAGCUUUUUAUUUAAUGUGUGUUUGAAGUAAAUAUCUAAAACCUUUCUAAUUUUCAAAAAAUUACAGUUUCGUAUGAUGUCAAUUCAUUUUGCUUGUGGGACAUGGUAAUACUGUCAAAGGCGAUGCUUUGCUGUCAGCAUAGACAUCGACUGUCGUGAGCUCGGCCAGCUGAAAUUUCCCUAAAGUGGAGAGCAGACUUGUCCAAUUUUGCAAAGGAUAUUCCCGUAUCAUAAGUGAUUAGAUCAGAUUUUCCUGAAAAGAUGCAAAUUCAGUUGAGUGUAAUCAAGUUGAAGAAAAGUAGAAUUAGUGAUUUAUUUCUCAGCCACAUCGCGAUCGAUUUUUGUAUUCUUUUAAUUCUUGAAAUGCCAUCAUUUGCCUCCCACGAGAAAUAAGGCAUGACAAAAAAUAUUUGCACACACAAAGGAGACUUUAGUCUCCCACGUCAACAUGUUUUUAGGACAAAUGACACACCUCUUUUACUAAAAUUUUUCUUAUAAAAAACCAAAGUUUCUCUUCGCAAAAGUUUUCUGUCUUUUGUGUACAUGACUUGGUAGUAUGGGAAACGAGUACAUGUACUAUGCUGAUGGCUUAGAGCACGACGACGACGACGACAAAGUUCCAAGUUUAUCAUUACUGAUUUCAUUCAGCUUAAUAGUCUUUAUCUGGCCAUAUAGUUGGACAAGUUCACUCUUCAGUUAUGUAAAGCUAAUCUUUUAAUAGCUGAGUGACCAAUAGCAUACUGAAAUACUGAGUUCAGAGGAAGGCAAGCCGUAUAAGUAGAAUCUAAAAAUCGAGAUUGCGUUUUCUGUUGUCUCGUGAAGCAUUUGCUGGCUUUUGUCUAAAAUCUGCGCUAACGGUGUUGACAGGGAAAUCGUUCUCUUUGUGAACAGUACAUUGUCCAUUGAUUACAAUUUCAAGAUUUUCACUUGAUGACACAAUAAUUCUCGAUUAAUUCAGGUUGUAUAAAUAAAGUGAUACGAAAUGGC